UCGAACCUAUAUCGCACAGCUGAUCGAUAACUCGAGCGAUAUCGGUCAGUUGGGUUUCUGACUAAUAAGCAGCAAUAUCGACUCGAUAGUGUGAAUAACGAGAGUGGUGUGUGUUAAAAACAGAGCAUAAGUUGUAUGUGCAUCCUGCCCGGUUUCUCGUACAUUAUAAUAUCGGGCACAUAUCGGAGCAAUCCUAUCUUUUAACCGGGCGAUAUCGGCUGUUUGGUGAUUUGGUCUAAAAAUCGGUUACUUGUUUCUUCCCGUCGAUAGGUGGCGGUAAAAAUUUUGAACAAACAAUUCGUAAAACAGAAUAUGGAGAAACGUUCGAAAAAUUUUACUUCUUUCGAUAAAAAAUUGUUAAUUGAAUUAGUUAAAGAACACAAAUCCAUAAUUGAAAAUAAAAAAACCGAUAGUUCUACAAAUAUGGAAAAAAAACAAGCUUGGGAUAUACUCACGGAACAGUUUAAUCAAAACUCGCAAUCGGGAACAAGAAAUGCAAAACAACUUAAAGAUUUGUAUGGAUUUAUUAAAAGGAAUGCUAAAAAACAUAAUUCUGCAGAUAAAGAGCGAAACGACUUUCGAAAAAACAAGGAAGAUGGUGAAACUAUCGAGUUAAAAAUGAAAAUUUUAAGGGAGGAAUUUGAACAGGCGAAACUUAAAACAUUAAUUAUGAAGGCUCAAUUAGAGAGGGAACAAUUGGAAGUGGAAAAAAUAAAAAAUGAAUUAAAAAAAUAAAUAAAAAACAAAUUUAAUGAUCAUA